AUGACCUAUACUGUCUCAACCAAGCUCAAUACGAAGAGUGAGCAGGCUACUGUUGCUCAGGCGCUACAAGCAGCAAAAGCCCGAUUCGCGGAGAGAAACGUCAAGAGCUUAGGCCUGCAUCAAGAAGCGGCUAAAAGCUUGCCUGGUGGUAAUACGAGGAGUCUGCUGCACACUGCUCCAUUUCCAGUAUUUCUGAAGAGUGGGAAAGGCCAUCAGGUCACAGAUGAAGAUGGGCACACAUAUACUGACCUUGUGGGCGAACUCACCGCUGGCCUAUAUGGGCACUCGCAGCCACUUAUUCAGCAAGUGUUGAUUGAUACGAUUAAAAACGUGGGGCUCAAUCUUGGUGGAACAACGACGUUGGAGACGAGGCACGCUGCUCUGAUUUGUGAGCGCUUCAAGCUCGAUCGUAUCCGCUUCACAAACUCUGGGACUGAAGCAAACCUCCAUGCUAUUCAGGGUGCGAAGCGCUUCACUGGUAAAAAGAAGGUCGUUGUGUUCACAGGCGGCUACCAUGGAGGCUGCUAUACCUUUCCUGGAGAUCGGCCGGCAGAGAACUGUGUAGAUAAGGAUGAUUGGAUCAUCGCCGAGUACAACGACAUUGAAGACACAAAAAGAAAGAUUGAAGAGUCCGAAGAUGUAGCGGCGGUUUUAUUAGAGGGCAUGCAAGGGCGAGGACCAUGUAUUGUUGGGAAGCAUGACUUCUUACAUCAAGUUCAGCAAUCAGCGAGAAAGGUCGGCGCUGUCUUCAUCCUGGACGAGGUGCAGACUAGUCGGCUGGCUCCAGGAGGCCUGCAAGAGCACGAAGGUUUGCAGCCCGAUAUUACCACCUUGGGCAAGUUUCUCGGUGGAGGCAUCGCUUUCGGAGCCUUCGGCGGGAGAGAAGACAUAAUGCGUGUAUACGAUCCGCGCGAGUCCAAUGCACUCGGCCACUCUGGCACCUUCAACAACAACACCCUUGGCAUGGCAGCAGGCUAUGCUGGUCUUUCGCAAGUAUACACGCCAGCAGUAUGUAGCGAGUUUAGCGGCAUCGGCGACAAGCUUCGCCAGCGCUUGCAAGAUCUCACUCGAGACACAAAGAUACUUGUCACUGGCCUAGGAACUAUUAUGGGUAUUCACUUUCUGAGGGACGGGAAGAAGGAGCUGAAGAGCUUUAGAGAUCGUCAUGAGGAUGCUGAAUUGAGAAGGCUGUUCUGGUUCGAGAUGAUGGAGGAUGGGUUCUGGAUUACGGAACGGGGGAGUGUGGCGCUGAUAAUAGGGACGCCAUGGGCAGAGCUGGAAAGAUUCGUUGAGUGUGUUGGGGAGUUUUUGGAGAGACACCGAAGUUUGGUGUGCCUUUAA